AUGCCUCGGCGUGUCCAGAACUACGAUGACUACGGCAUCGCAGUUCAAGAGAUCAUCGUCCUCUCUUCCAAUGCCGACUUCUUGGAUCAACUCAUUCCUGUGUUGAAGGACGCAUCCAGCUCAGGCCGCACCCCUGCACUAUUGCAAACACUCUCACAAUAUUCCGAAGGCAGAGAAGCAGAUAUUGAAAGAAUCGGUCUCACCAAGCACGAGGAGUUUCUUGGCUCAGUCACUCAGCUGCAGCAGAUUCGCGAAGGGACUGUGACUUUGACUGCAGAAAUUCUUGAGCUUAACGAGUCCAUCCAGUCAAGCACAGAGAAGUUGGCAGACCAAAAACGGGGACUUGUCAAUACGAGAGCUGUCCGACAAAACAUCGCCGAUGCCUCCAACGCGCUACAGGACUCUUUGAGGAUACUUUACGCCGUGAAUAAUGCACACGAGCUGAUUCGCAAGAAGAAAUACUAUGCAGCCCUGAAAUCCCUAGAGGACUUGCAGAACGAGCACCUUGUGCCAAUCAUACAAAAUAAAUACGCCACGCAGCACAAGUUGGCUGAUGUCAUUCAAAAAUCCAUCCCACAAUCGCAGAAGUCGAUAUCUGAAGCCGUCAUGACGGACCUCAACACCUGGCUAUUCCGUAUUCGUGAGACGUCUCAAUUUCUCGGCGAAGUGGCCUUCUAUCAUACGGAACUUCGACGGGCCAGGCAGCGAGAGAGAAUCGAAAGCGACUCUUAUUUGAAUCGAUUCAAACUCAACUCAUCCAUUGAGCUGGCGUAUGACGAAAGUGAGGAGUUUGACGAGUUAGAUAACGAGGAGCUUCAAGUUGACUUCACCCCUCUUUUCGAAUGCCUGCAUAUUCACGACGCACUUGGACAGAGGGAUAGAUUCCGCGCUGAAUAUUCUGCCACACGGCGGCAGCAAAAGGACUUGUUGCUGCCAGGUACUGUAGGACUGACAGCCGAAGACGAGAACUCACUAAGCAGCUUACUCGAAGGAGUUGCGGGGUUUGCCAUAGUCGAGAAGGCGACCAUGCGAAGAACACCUAAUUUGCGAUCAAUCGCUGAUGUCGACGAGCUUUGGGACUCCAUGUGCCAUACUGCGAUUGGGUUGACAUCGACAGCACUAGACGAAGUCAGCAAUGCCGAAGUCCUUUUAAAAAUUAAAGGUGUUAUGGCUCUCUUCAUCCAGACCAUGGAGGGCUGGGGUUACUCCGUGACAGCACUGGAUGCAUUUCUGUUGACCCUGUUCGAUAAGUAUGCGGAGCUUUUAAAGCGUCGCUUCAGUGAGGACUUUCAGGAGAUUGUCUCUACCGACGACUACAUGCCCAUGGCUAUCAACAGCCGUGAAGAGUACGAGAAAGUCGUUAACGUUAGCUGGUUUUCGCAGGACAAGUCACCGGAAGACCUCAGUUUCCCCUGUGUGCUUCCCUUCUCCCAGAUGUAUCCGCUGUGCUGCAUCGACAUUAGAAACUUUUUGAACCAAUUCUACUUCUUCUCGGAUGACCACUUCCAGCACUCUAACAUUAUUGACGAGACACUCAGAAAAGCACACGAGUUAUUGACCGAUAAGGUCUGCAAAUCCUUGGUAGAGCGUCUGAGCUCUCAGUAUCUUGGCCAGAUCGUCCAAAUUCUUAUCAACCUGGAACAUUUUGAGGCUGCUUGCCAAGAAUUGGAACAGCUCCUGAUACGAGCGCGGUCAUCAACCUCUGCGGGAGGUCCUGUGACGCUGGGCGCGACCGAGCAGUUUCGGAACAACAAGAAGACGGCGGAGAAGCGCAUAUUUGAACUCGUUAACUCCAAGAUCGACGACUUGGUCGAUACGGCCGAAUACGACUGGAUGACCUCCACGGCGCCAACAGACCCAAGCAAUUAUAUGCAAACAUUAAUACGCUACCUUUCCAACAUAAUGAACUCAACUCUCCUUGGCCUCCCACGGGAGAUCAAGGAACUCAUCUAUUUUGAUGCACUGAGUCACGCCGCGAACAAAAUUUUGGCUCUCCCGCUCUCUUCGGAGGUCAAACACAUCAACACCCAUGCCGUCUCGGCAUUAGCCAUCGACGUGCAUUAUCUCACAGAGUUUGUGGACAGCCUUGAAAAUGGAGCUAUGCUUCGUGAAAAUUUGGAUGAGCUUCAGCAGACUGUCAACCUGCUGCAAUCGGACAACCACGACGAGUUCUUCGAUAUCUCUAUCCGCAACAAGAAAUUCGGAAGAGUGGACGCCCUGAACGGCCCUAUGCUUUUAGAGAAACUUACAACACAGGCAGCGCCACUAACGCGCACCGCUCCCCUGUCCAAUUUCUCCUCUCGUUUUGGCAUGAUGAAAUAA